GGAGCAUGCCGGAGGCAGACCUGGAGGCCGCCGAGAUCCUGCAUUGGACGGGGCCGCUGAAGCCUUGGCUGCCAGGCGGACUUCACAGGGCGCUCUGGGAGCCCUUCGCCGUACACUGCUGGCGGGGCCACGAGGAGCUCCUCUGAGCGCUGUCGCGCGGUGUGCGGGCACGGCCAGGCGGGGAGGCGUCGGCGCCGCGAGUGGCGGCGCGGAGGCGGCGGAGGGGCCCGUGGAAGCGCGCAGCCUGCGGGCUGCGCAGCCGGUGCUGGGCGCCUCUGCUGCUUCUCGCAGGGUCCGGCGGCUACCUCAUGGUCAGCGGUUGGGGUGGUCCAGUCUUCGUCGGAUGCCUGCAGCGGGAGCUCGCGUCGAGCUUCAGACUGGGUCGUCGUCAUCUUCCCGACGGCCCCGGCAGGCCCCCCCGAGCCCCCCGAAGCAGAGUCCCUGCGCCUCCCCGCACGCAGGCCGAGAGCACCCCUUUGCCCGCUCCGAGCCGGGCCCGCCGUGGCUGCAGGCGCGGGCGCCUGCCCCGCCGGGCAUCGUGCCCGCUGCCUCCGCGUACCUGGCCCGGGCGGCGCAGUCGGCCCUCGGGGUGCCUGCGCGCGGCGCCGGCCUC